UUUGCAUUGUUUGUUCAUGUUAACAAGAUUAGUAAAUGUAGAAAUUAGCAUUAACAAAGAUUAAUAAAUGCUGUUUAAGUGCUGUUCACAAUUACUUCAUGCCAACUAAUACUAAUGGUAAUGCUAACCUUAUUGUAAAGUGUUACUGUGUAACUACAAAGCAUCUACAACAACUCCUUAUCAUACAAAUGAAAAGCUAUGAAGCGUGCUACAGCCUUUUGUUUUUGCUUAAGAAAACUCAACUGGAUGACAUCAGGGAAAUUCUGAUCAUUUUUUCACCAAAUACUUCCUUGACCUAACUGUAACCAAUAGGAACUUGCCUGGCUACAGUGAGUUGCUAUUGCAGUGAGCUAGUCAUUCCAUUGUACCAUAAUUCUGCUCGUAUGCACAUGGCAUGAGAAGAAAUGACUGGUGAACAUGGGGAAUUCUUCGUGUAAACGCUGCUGCCGGUGUUGCCAAACGAAGAAAGAACAGCCGUCCAUCAUCCGUAACAGGGUCAAGUCAAUCCACGACUAUCCCUCACGCACAAUAUAUGAUCUAAAUCUGAAGAAAGGAGAUGUUCUGGAAGUGAUAUCGGAGACCGAUUACUGGUUGUUUGUGAGGAGACAAACAGCUAAGGCUGACGGAUCUAAACCUCAACUUGGAUAUGUGCCUAAAGACUUCGUCAAGCCGCUGGAUAGCGUGGAGGCAGAGUUAUGGUAUUUUGAGAAUGUUAAAAUGCGUAUAGAGGCCAGGAGAUGUCUGCUGAGACCCCAGAAUCAUGAAGGUGCAUUUCUCAUCUGGAAAUGUUGUGAGAAUAACAAUUACUACUUAUCAGUGAGGAAUGGACCUCAUGUACGACAUUACCGGAUCAAGCAGAGGGAAAACGAAAAGCAGUUUUUCCUUGUUCAUCAUACAACUUUCCAGACCUUGCGUGAGCUGGUAGAGUUUUACUCUAAAAAUGAAGGCGGACUCUGCACAAAGCUUCAUGAACCCUGUGUGAAGCUGGACCAGCCAGCUCCUCUUACUCUGUCAUUUGACUCCAAAUGGGAGGUAGAGAGAAGUUCACUAGAAAAAAUAAAGAAGCUCGGCAGUGGGGAGUUUGCCGAUGUGUGGCAGGGGCUCUGGAACAAGACAACAGAUGUGGCCAUCAAAGAGUUCAAAGUUGUCAAUUAUCCAUAUAUCAAAACAGAGAUUGACAUCAUGAAAGAGCUGCAUCAUGAGCGUUUGCUGAGACUCUAUGCUGUGUGUACCACUAGUAAACCUGUCUGUUUAGUGACAGAGCUCAUGAAAAAUGGCUCUUUAAAGACAAUGCUCAUCAGCCACAAAGAGAAAAAAGAUCUUGAGUUUUCGCUCAUGAUGGAUUUUGCUGUCCAGGUAACUUGA